UAUGCCUUCGUGUAUUUUGACUCUCAAAAAAAUUGGCUUAAGACUUGCGAAGGUUUCUAACCGGUCAGGGCAAGGGUGGUUGCUGUUGGAGAACUCUACCCGCUUGUCCGGCUGCAGCCGUCUGCACUCGUCGUCGCCUUUUCCAUCACUUCAUUGAAGAGGAAUUAAAUUUCCAUUUCUCGCAACAAAGCUCAUCUACGCAAAUCGGUCUACUGCCAUACGGAGCAGAAAAGAAUACCCAAAUCCUGACAUGAAGCAAAAAUCGCCCCUUAUUUUGCCAACCAUCUCCAUUAUUUAGCAUGAAAAAGACGAUGGUGGUGGACCAUGGGAAUAAUGAGUCCGAGGACAGAAGAAGUGUUUCUUUUGCGCGUACCUCAACCAGCUCCAGCUGUUCACGGACCAGUCCAUCUUGUUUCCCCCAGCAACUGGAAAUUGACAGUGGAAAUGAAUCAGUAUCAGAAGCAGGAGAUAUUGGGGACAGGGCACUUAGCAGCAAUAGGUACAGUCAUAGUGGUAGGCUGUUUUUUUCAGUUGAGAAUGCAGCAGAAAGUGGUCUAGUUGUACCUAUUGCAGAGGAAGGGGCAUGGUCCCACGCUUUCUCUCCUUUACCGGCUGAUGCGAUCAUAAAAUCUGGAGAUGGAUCGAAGGAUUCCAAUGAAGAGGUGCCAUGGUGGUUGGAAUAUAUCUCAAGCCUAUUGUCUCUGGCUGUUUUCGGAAUAUUAGGGGUAUUGCUGAGGUAUGCUCUUGAGCUAUUGUUUGGGCCAGGAAAUGUGGGCGCUACGAGUGAUCAAAGCUAUAUGUAUCUUGAUCUUCCUUCUAAUAUGGUUGGUUCAUUUUUAAUGGGGUGGUUUGGAGUGGUUUUCAAAGCAGAAAUUUCCAAAAUUUCGGAGCAGCUGGCUAUUGGAUUAUCAACUGGCUUUCUAGGAAGCCUUACUACAUUUAGUGGUUGGAACCAAAAGAUGCUUGAUCUUAGUGUCGAAGGUCGAUGGGUUUUUGCAAUGCUUGGCAUUCUUAUUGGAUUGUUUCUCGUUGCCUACUCCAUCAUUUUUGGUAUUGAGACUGCAAAAGGUGUUCGACUUGUUUUGAAAAGAGCGAAUAUAAAUCCAAGCUCCUGGAAGGUGAAUAGUCUCAAACGGCAUUUGGCAGUCUCAGUAACGUUGCUACUUACACUGGCUGCUCUAUGGAGUGUGUGUAUAGCCGAGGAAAUAAAGGUAUUUAAAAAGGGAAACAGCGAAUCCCGACUGUGGUUGGGAUGCCUUGUUGGACCAUUUGGUGUCUGGAUCAGGUGGUUCUUAGCACGGUUGAAUGGCCGUGGUUUUGGAAAAUCAGGAUUGUUGAAAUGGGUACCGUUUGGCACCUUAAUUGCUAAUGUCUCUGCAGCCUGUGUCAUGGCCUCACUAGCAGCCUUGAAGAAAGCUGUGAAAACAAAGGACUGUGAUACGGUGGUUACUGGCAUUCAGUUCGGGCUGCUGGGUUGCCUUAGUACUGUGUCUACCUUUGUUGCUGAAUUCCAUGCCAUGAGAGAGAGCAAACAACCUUGGAGAGCAUAUGCAUAUGCUUUUGCUACAAUUAUCUCAUCUUUCAUCCUAGGUACUCUAUUAUACUCUGUACCAAUGUGGGUGAAGGGUUAUUACUGAUUCACCAAGUUUGUAUAGAAUGAUCAAGUAAAGCUCAACUUUGAAAUAAUCAUAUCAAUGAUAUUUAAAAUAAG